AUGGAAAUCAAAAUUACAUCAAGAGAAACAAUCAAGCCAUUCUUGCCUACAUCAGAUGAACACAAAUUCUUCCAACUCUGUCUGUUUGAUCAGCUUCAACUCAUCACCUAUUUGCCAACUCUUUUGUUUUACCCCAAAAAGGAAGGCCUCCAAGAACCUUAUCAUGUAUGUGCUCAAUUGAAAAAAUCACUAUCCGAGACACUAACCAUUUUCUACCCUCUAGCUGGGAGAAGAAAAUCACAUACCUUUAUCACUUGCAAUGAUGAAGGUGUUCUUUUCUUAGAAGCUAAGGUGAACCUUAACAUGGUUGAGUUUCUCACACCACCUAAGCUAGAAUUUCUAAACAAAUUGCUUCCAUGUGAACCUAAUAAGGUGCACCUAAAUGGAGAAGCGUUACCCCAAGUACUUGUACAAGUGAACAUAUUCAGUUGUGGUGGAAUAGCUAUAGGUACAUGCAAUCUCCACACUCUCCUUGAUGGUUGCUCUGGCAGCCUCUUCUAUUCUACUUGGGCUGCUAUCUGUAGUGGCUCUAGACAGGAAAGACCACACCCUGAUUUCUAUUCUGCUUCAUCUUUCUUUCCACCAUUAAAUCAUUUGAGUUUGCAUGACCAUGUUGCUCAUGAGGACUCACAAACACAAAAAAAGUGCACCACAAGAAGGUUUGUGUUUAAUGCAGAAUCCAUCAACACUCUAAGAGCUGAAGCAAAAGAUGAUGAUGGUGAAAGCUCAAAAUCCCCUACACGAUAUGAAGCACUGGCUGCUUUCAUUUGGAAACAUAUGACACUUGCAUGCAAGACUGAAUCUAGGGAUAGCACAAGACCAUCAGUGGCUAUCCAUAUUGUGGACAUGAGGAGGAGGAUGGGUGAACCUUUCUCUAAAUACACUAUAGGCAACAUUUUGUGGCCAGUAAUGGCAUUUUGUGAAACAGUGAAUGCAAACACUGGUAUUGGAUAUUUGGUUAGCAUUGCCAGAGAGAAAUUUGGAAAGCUCUCAAGGGAAUUGUAUUUGAGAGUGAAGAGUGAUCCCAAUAUCCUAGGGAGCAAUCAGUGUGUGAAUCUGCCUCAAGGUAUAGAAACAAGGAGUCCAAUUCCUGUGGUAUUGACAAGUUGGUGUGGUUUGAAUUUCAAUGAGCUAGAUUUUGGUUGGGGGAAGCCUUUAUGGGUUGGUGUUAGAGGAGGUGAUCAGGAAACUCUCCCCAAUGUAGCUGUUAUCAUUGAAACAGAUGCAGGCAUGGAAGCUUGGCUAACCAUGGAAAUGCAACAUAUAGUUAUCUUGGAAAAAGAUAUGGAGUUUCUCAGAUUAGCUUUGCCUAAUCCUAGUGUUUCAAAUAUAUAG